UAAUAUUAUUUAUAAUCAGUCAAUGUACGUUUUUUUUAAUUACAACGAGUUUACAGUAUAAUUUAAAGGGGAAACAUGGAGAGGGUUAUUUAAUUGAUAUUGCAAUAGGUGAACCUAAACAAAAUUUUCAAGUAAUUGUUGAUACUGGUAGCUCAAAUUUUGCAAUUGCAGCUACGAAAAAUGUUUAUACAAAUUUAUAUUUUAAUUCAUUAAAUUCACGAACAUUUAAAAUAACAAAUAAAAAUGUGUCCUCGAAAUAUACGCAGGGUAAAUGGAAUGGUAUUCUUGGAUCCGAUUUAAUAACUAUUCCAUUUAUCUCGUACAACGAACCAAUUCGAACUGAUAUUUCCUUAAUUCGUGAUACUGAAAUGUUUUUUAAAAAUAACUCGGAAUGGCAGGGUUUACUAGGUUUAGCGUAUACAGGAAUAUCUCGACCCGAUAAAAGUGUCAAGUCCUGGAUUGACGCAGUAAUGGAUGCAAAUGAUCAAGCGAGCUUAGCAUUUUCGUUAGAAUUAUGUGGAAUGAUUUCGAAUAAUAACAGUAAUCAUAUUGGAAAUUUUGAUGUGAUAUUGGGAAAUAAUGAACGUUUAAAUCAUACAAAAUUUGUUGCAAAUAUCAUUCGAGAAUGGUUUUAUGAUAUUACGAUUUUUGAUAUUACGGUCGAUAAUCAAAGUCUAACGACAUCAUCGAUAACAUGUCGAGAUAUUAACAAUGAUAAAUCGAUUAUCGAUAGUGGAUCUACAAAUUUAAUUUUACCAGAAAAGGUUUAUAAUAGUUUAACGGAUGCAUUAUGUAAAUACGUUGAACGGAACAACAUAUCAUUGAAUCCCGAUUUUUGGAAUACAAAAGAUACAUCAUGUUUUGAUUUUGAACAAAAUUGGAAUAUUUUACCAAAUAUUAGUAUUUCAAUUGCACGAGAUGCAAAUUCGUAUUUUAUUUUAGAUUUACCUGGUCCGUCAUACGUAAAACAAGUUUUCAGCGAUGAAAAUAGUCCUUUAAAAUAUUGUUAUAAGGUUGCUAUUGAAAAAUCGACUGGAAAUAUUGGAACUAUUUUAGGUGCUGUAACUAUGGAAGGAUUUAAAGUAAUAUUUAAUCGUACAUCGAAAACAAUUGAAUAUCAAAAAGGACAUUGUGGACCAAACGUGGGUCUACGUGGUUUAUAUUAUGAUACAAAUUGUGAUAUUAUACAAAAAUGUAGCUUUAAAAAGUUAUCCACAUACGAUGGAAAUUUCUUUGAUCGUAAUAUUUUACCAAUAUUUUUUAUAACAGUGAUAAUUAUGGUAGCUGCUAUUGUUUUAGUAUUCCUAUUGAAAAAAGGGAAAGAAAAUUCAUGGGCUUCACAUGUAUUUAUAUCAAUGAAUCGUACCCCUCAAUUGAUUAACGAAGACUGAUUUUUUUUGGAUAACUUAUUUAUAUCAUGAAUUAUCCGUACUAAUUUUAAUUCUUAGGCCAUAUCAAAUAUGGAUUGUACUAAAAAUUGCUUAACAGGGAAAUAUAAAUACAAAACAAUACAAAAGAGUUCUACAUAAUUACCUAAAAUCGAUUCAAAAAUUUCUCUUUUAUGGGUUUUUCAUAAUAAUUUCCA